AUGACUUCGAUGAACCAAAGUCAAAUUCGUAUCACCGGUUACUACGAAUUCCUGCAAGGCUGCAGCGCAUGCGACGCCAUUGCUGUAACCUGUGUUGCGUUGAAGAGAGAUGUAGUAUCUCGCUGGGCUGUCACCCGUUCGUUCCAACGGUUCGAGUUAGAAGAUAUGUAUUUUGCCUUAACAUCGAUCUCGCUUUGGCUCGCAAGUGACUGGAAUAAUGGAGCCCUACGUAACGCUCACAGAGACAAGCCCAUUGCAACUCAAGGUUGCAGAAAACUGCUGUCGAUUUGGGUUCUCCAUGAAUUGAGUACCUCGAAGGUGGCAACAAGAGUAAAUAUGUGUCAGUCUUUGCUUCUGUACCUUCACAGGCAAGACUAUCUCCGCGAAGUCAUUGCAGUAGACGAGAGUUGA